AUGGAAGUCGAGUUAGACGAGCACCACUACCUGUUUACCAACCCCUACACUGGCAAGUCCUACAUAAAGAAGAAGCAAGGUUCUAUGCAGGAAGAAGCCACGAUGCCGCACACAGAGGACAUGCCCGUACCGGGAGACACCCAGCAAACUGACUUCAACAGCUGGUUCAACACCGGUGCUUCCAAGAAUCGGAAUGCUACGAAACGUCGCCCUACAGUCACCGGGACCUCAACUGUGAAUGGACGUGGUGGUAAGAUCAACAAAACGGGACCAGGUUCUGUUGCAGCUGUUCCACAGAACAUCCACCUAACAAAGAACAACAGUGACCUGACCGAAAAGCCUGAUGACGACGACGCAAGUAGUACUGCCAGUGGCGACUUCGAUGAGAAGGUAAGGCAAAUUGUUGACAACCAAAUUGGAGGAAGCCUCGCUGAUUACACCAGGAAGAAGUUCGUUAAAUCCAUCAGAGACCCAAUUGCCAAGUCUCAGAAGGAAGGUCUGGAGAGACUACGGGGCGACGUCGUGCCCCAGGUCAAUGUGGCAAAUGGCAACAUCAAGGGUGCCAUGAACAUGAUCAGCCAGUUUCGAAUGGAGUAUGACACCCAAAGAGCACAGGAUAUGAGGUUCCAGCAGUUCGUUGUGGAGAAAUUAGGUCAGAUGAAUGGUACCGUUGAAGCCCUUGGAAGGUACAUUCUGAAGAAGCUUGGCAGCAACGAUGGAUUGGACGACGUCAGUUUGACUAACAUGGUUGCCUUCGACAACUACGAUGGAAGUUCUUAGUGGCAAGUGUGAUUGGGUGUGCAGAAAAGUGAAGUCGGAGAAUUAACAGUUUUUAGUCCCA